ACAUCAACACGGUCUGACGCACAUCCUUUCGCAUCUCAGCACAGUGGUGCUAACGCUAAGCUAAGGUAACGGCGGGCGGUGUGUGUCGUAGAUCGUUGUUGGACGUCUUACCCGCGGUGAAAUAGUCCUGGCCCGCGUAGAAGACCUCGUUACAAUUUUCUCGUAUUUGUCUGGGAUGUAUGGAUGGAUAGUUGACGGAAUCUCGUCGCUGUUUGAGCCCGUUACGGGGCAUAACCCCACCGAGUGGCCCGGGAAAGGUAACGUUAGCGAGGAGAUACCCACGCGACCUGGCGUUAAAGCGGGAGCACAGCGACAGGAGAAUCACGGCAGACCGGCUAAACGAAACUACCAGAGUGUUGAUGUUGCAGACAGUGUUUACCAGAGUGAUCCGGUAGAAGUGAAAAGACGCAGGCGAGAUGUAGUCAUCAGCUUUGUUAAGAAGACUGUGGCUGGGGUAGCAGGUCUGCUCAGGCUGCGCAACCCACUGAAGACCAGGUGUGAGAAUCCCAGACAUUAUGAAGAGACACAGCCUGUCACUCUGAUGGGGAUAGAUGAGCUCCACACCUCCUGGCUGAACAGUACUGAGUGGAGAAUGGAUAAACCAGUUGGUGGAGUGAAUGAUAGGGGAGGCAAGAAUCCCUUCCAGAGCUCCUCACCUCCUUUAGUGAGGAAAUACAGUGGAACAGCGCUCUCUGCAGGUCUCCCUGACAGGGGGAAGGACAGGGAGAGGAGAGGCUCCCUUCAGUUGCUGCCCUCGAGAUCUGCUCUCAGGGUAGGAACCGCUUACCCUGAUCCAACCUGCAAUGGUGUUGGACACAACCGCUGCUACAAGCCCAGUCUUACAGUGGAAGAGGCCAUAAAGCAGAAUAAUAAAGAACAUUACAGGCGCCUGCUGGAGAUGGUGACCGAAAAAUAUGGCAAAAGUCAACCACUACCUUUCAACCAAGCAAAACCACAGGAUGAGUCACUGUCACAGAGUGAUCACAAACCUGCUGCUUCAGGGAAAACCUUUGAAUCAGUCCCCAGAAAGACAGGAUACACAGCUACACCGACCAUGUUUACAUGGAGAAAUGCAUCUGCAGCCAAGGAAAGGUGGGGUGGCCUGACUUUCAGCAAGUCAUUCAGUGGCGGCUUUGAGGACACACAGUCGGUUAGAAAUGCAAAGAAACAGGCAGCAGAUUUGGACCUCUCUACAGAAGUAGCGACUCGCCUCAACCUAGUAGACAGAGAGACUCCUAUCAGUUUGCCUGACACACAUUCUGCACACACAGCACAUACAAGGCACAUUGAUGAGGACAUACCUAGGCUGACCAAGGAAAUGGCAGUGGAGGUGAGUGGAGCUCUGGCUCAGAGUGAUCCCAACCUUGUUCUAAGUGCCGCGUUCAAACUUCGCAUCACACAGAGAGACCUGGCCACGCUGCAGGAAGGUGGCUGGCUCAAUGAUGAGGUGAUGAACUUUUACCUGUCCCUGGUCAUGGAGCGGUGUUCCAGCGAAGCAGCAGGGCUAAAAGUUUACUCCUUCAGCACCUUCUUCUUCCCUAAGCUGCGGGGUGGAGGGGGCGGACAGGCUGGAGGACAUGCCGCUGUGAAGCGCUGGACUAAGGCCGUUGACCUCUUCCUCUACGACCUCAUCCUGGUCCCUCUGCAUCUGGGUGUCCACUGGGCGAUGGCUGUCAUUGAUCUUAAAUCAAAGACAGUGAGAUCCUACGACUCGAUGGGCCAGAGACAUGACGACAUCUGUAGUCAUUUACUACUCUAUCUUAAAGAGGAACACAAAGUAAAGAAAGGCAGAGAGCUCGACAGUGCCAAGUGGACUAUUGGAAGCUUGAGGGCUACUGAAAUUCCCCAGCAGAAAAAUGGCAGUGACUGUGGUGUUUUUGCCUGUAAAUACGCUGACUAUAUCGCAAAAGGAAGGCCUCUCUCCUUCAAACAGUGCCACAUGCCUCUCUUCAGGAAGUUAAUGAUCUGGGAAAUCCUCAAUCAGAAGCUGCUAUAGAGGAUUGUAACAAUCUCCCGUCCAUUAACCACCUAACAACAGAGACUUUCUCAAUGGGAGCGACAUCUGUGUACAGUGAUUACAUGGCGAACGAAAGAAAAAAGAAAGAAAUGGGCCAAAGAACUGGACUGAAAUUAACCCAGUCUAGCUGUUUUGGUCUGGAGAAUUUGAACACUAGUCUUAAGAGUUGAUUAUGUCCCUUUUCCUGUCAGGGACAUAUUAAUGUUUUGUAAUCUCUGAGUUGUAAUUGGAGACAUUAUUAGGAUGUAAGAAGUGUAUAUCUUAUACAAGCUUUGGCACUACUGACUGAAUGGCUUUUUUUUAAAUUGACUUUGGAUUGUUUGUUUUACUGUUUAGAAGUAUUGCCUGAAGUGCCUUCAGUCCUCUGACACUGAGCUCAACAUAGAGCAUGCUUUUUUUUCUUUUUCUUUCUUUCUUAAUUCCUCAGUCACACACAACUCUAAGUCAGUUCUGAGGAGCUGGACUCAAAUUAUAUUUUUUAUAUAAUUUGGUGUAAUUUAGCUGUUCUCUUCCCAGUAAUGAUCAACAGUGGAUGGCAAAUAAUUAGUUGUGAAAUUUAGUCUGACAUUAACAUUAAAAUUAUAAUACCUCCUUUCCACACCCUGUCAGACAAAAGAGAGUGCUUGUAAUAUAUGUUUUCAGAUUAUUUAUAAUUUGACUGAAUGAGAAAGUGUUUUUGGAGUGUAUGUUUAGGUUAUUUUUCCUCCAUGAGUGUUAAUAGUUGUUUGGCCAUACGUUACAUAACGCGCUGUUAGGUCUGUGGCAUAGUGCAAGAGGCUACUUAGGGCUAUUACAUUGACUUACAGUAUAGUAUACUGCAUAGCAAACUACUGUACACACAUGCAUGUUUGAGUUCAUGCUUUGAAAAUGUGAUUUUUUCCCCUCUCCUGUAAUAAAGUAUUUCUUUUUUAAA